AUGGAGAGCCAGAGAGUCCAGUCCUCGUACAGGAAACGCUUCGGGCCUCAAGGCUUGAGCAGCUCGGGGGCGAGAAGCCUUCCUUCCAGCCGCUUCUCCUGGCAUGGCACCCCCCGAAACAUCAGCCACUCCGGCCCCCUGUCCCGGAUCUCCCUGGGCUCUGCCAGCCCGGCCCUGCUGCUGGGGAGCCCUGCGGACCGGCUGGACUUCUCAGCCGACUCCUUGCUCAAGGCCCAGUACAAGGAGACGCGCACCAACGAGAAGAUGGAGAUGAUGGGCCUGAACGACCGCUUCGCCAGCUACAUAGAGAAGGUGCGGCUGCUGGAGCAGCAGAACAAGAUGCUGGUGGCCGAGCUGAACCAGCUGAAGGGGAAGGAGCCCAGCCGGCUGGGAGACAUCUACCAGGAGGAGCUGCGGGAGCUGCGGCGGCAGGUGGACGGCCUCACCAACGGCAAGGCCCGGAUGGAGAUAGAGAGGGACAACCUGGCCUCCGACCUGUUAACGCUGAAGCAGAGACUGCAAGAGGAGAUCAGCCAGCGACAGGAAGCGGAUAACGCCUUGAAUGCCUUCAGACAGGACAUAGACGAGGCAUCUCUCAAUCGCGUCCAGCAGGAGCGGAAGAUCGAAUCUCUGCAGGAUGAAAUAAACUUCCUGAAGAAAAUUCACGAGGAGGAGCUGCAUGAGUCACAGGAACACAUCCUGGCUCAGCAGGUCCAUGUGGACAUGGACGUGUCUAAACCGGACUUAACAGCUGCCCUGAGAGAUAUCAGGGUCCAGUAUGAAAACAUGGCGACUUCAAACAUGCACGAGACGGAAGAAUGGUACCGCUCCAAGUUUGCCGACCUGACAGAUGCAGCCAAUCGAAACGCAGAAGCCCUCCGCCAGGCCAAACAAGAGGCCAAUGAUUACCGCCGUCAGAUCCAAGUGGUGACCUGUGACCUGGAGGCUCUCCGUGGCACAAACGAGUCUCUGGAGCGCCAGCUUCGAGAGAUGGAGGACCGAUGCGCCAUGGAGACGGCCGGCUACCAGGAUACGGUGGGCCGCCUGGAGGAGGAAAUCCAGGCGCUGAAGGAGGAGAUGGCGAGGCAUCUGCAGGAGUACCAGGACCUCCUCAACGUCAAACUGGCUCUGGACAUCGAGAUAGCCACCUACAGGAAACUCCUGGAGGGGGAGGAGAGCAGGAUCACCAUUCCAGUUCAGAGCUUUGCCAACUUGCAGUUUAGAGAAACUAAUCUGGAAACCAAAACCCCCGAGGCCCACGUGAAGAGGAGCAUCCUGGUCCGAACGGUUGAGACAAGGGAUGGAGAGAUCAUCAAGGAAUCAACCACUGAGCACAAAGACCUUCCCUGAAGUUUAAAGACCACACGUCUUGUAUCAUCCUCAGCCGUAGUUUGAGGAUUGUGAAUGCAGAAUGAUUGCAUACUGUUCGUACUUGUGUUUCCAAACCUCUCAGCUGCCCUCAUUCAUCCUGUCAUCCUAUCAAUUAUCUUAUUUUCUUUCAUCAUGCUUCCUAAUCCAGCCCACGGCCUUAACACCCAUCACACGUCCAUCAAAUGUACUUAGAAGUGUAGCCAAAAGCAUCAAUGUCGACAUCACUUUUGUCCCGUCAUAUUAAGUCAACUGUAGCCUACGUCAGUAAAUGAAAAGUUUUUAAUCUAACGUGAGUUUUUUAGCAUUGAAGCAUCCCUUAGUUGCCGUAUAAGAGGCCUUGAAAUGUAGUGAUCGUGUUCUUCUAAUAUGUAGCCAUGUGGAAGUUGAGGUGUGGUUAAGUGUAUGUGAAACUGGCGAAGGACUGACAGGGAGGAAGUUUGCAGAAACUGGAUUUUAGUGAGAAAUGAAGGACAUGUGUACGUGUUGCAGCAUCUUUUGACAGAAUGAUGCAUUUAGGUUUUUUCUUUACCCUUUCUAUGGUGCUGUAUUUCUAGUUCCCUUUUUAUUUUCAUUUGUUUUUUACAGGAGCUUCUUCAUAUUUUUGUAUUUAAAGUCCUGUACAGUAUCUGUAUCAGGAUUCGUCUCGUCUCAGAUAUCACCACCAUCGCUUCUUUUUACUUUAACCUUCAUCUGUUCUUAUAUUCUAUGUUCGCACUAAUAUCUGAGUGUUUUUGCCGCUCAGCAGGAGUGAAUAUAGGGACUAUACCAUGUAUCCCACCCUUUUCUUUGUAAAAGAAAACAAAUAAGAUGUGAAAAAUGACCUCGGCUUUUCUGUAUCCUCGUCCCGAAUCCUUGAAGACUUUCAGAUGAAGACGUAACACGUUUUGGCACCGCAGUGUGUCCGGACGGGCCCGCACAGAGGUGAUACAGUCCGACGGGACCUGGUGGAAGGUGUGGAAACUGACGCAACCUUUGCCCUCCAGCCGCUGGUAGCUUCUCUGCUCCAGAAGCGUCACCCGGCUCCUGCAGUGUUGGCCUGAUAUGAGAAAGAGACGUGCAGACGCAGAGAUCCAGCACUGCCUGCAGUUUUGUUUUUGUUUUUUUUUUAAUCUUCCCAGUUUUCAAGGAGAUGACAUUGGAGUGAGGAAAGAGGCUGGAAGCAGAGACUCAAAUAGUCACCAAAGCCCUGAUUUGAGUUGGGAGCUGUGAUUGAGGCCUGCUGACAGGACCUGCCGCCCGUGACAGCGACGAGCUGGGCAGGUUUGUGCUCGUUACCUGGGAAACCAUGAGGCUCAACACCUGAGACAUCUUGUGACACCUCCGAACUUCCAACCUCUUCAACUUAAUCUUUUGCAGCCCUUCCUCGAAUAACAUAAUAAGGCCCUUUCCUGGAUUCAUAUUUUUUAUUCUUUUUUAUCUUUUUCUUAUUUUUAAAGAAACCUUUGCAGAUGUGACCAUAACAUUAGUUCUGACCAAUGCAAUGGGCUAAAAUGUCAUGUUAACAGCAAU